UAGUUUUUUUAUUGUUUGAUUUUUCUAUUCCAUUUAUGAGUGUGCAUAGUUUGUAUAAUGACUGCCUCUGCUCAUAUUACUGGAUGGCAUUAUGCACCAUGCUUCUGGCUGAUUGGCAGAGAAUGACAAGUACAGUCCACCAUGGACAUUUUUUCUGCGGGUGUUGGGGCAGCUGGACCAAAAGUUUAUUGUCUGCAAUCUCAAGUAUGUCAGCCCUGAGGGACCCCAAGUCAAGGCCAGUCAGCUAGUGGUUCUGUUUGACCAACAUGCUGUCCAUGAGCGGGUACGCCUAGAGACCAUCAUUCAGGAGAACUUUGAGACACUAGCAUCAGGGGAGUCUGUCCUGUGCAGUUCUGCUGUCAGUCCCCCACUGGAGCUGGACCUGCCUGAGGAUGAAGUGAGGCUCAUGGAGGCAUACUCCAAAAAGCUCAACCAACGAGGACUUUACUUCACAAAGACCAGCCCUUCAAGAGUAAUGUUCCAACUGAUACCAAGCUGCCUAGUUGCCAAGGAGGCAAAUGAGUUGCGGCAUAAACGUUGCCAGACAGCUGGUGCCAUUGUCGAGAGUGUGGUGCGGGACCUGUGCCACACCCUGCACCAGACUGGGGGUGUGCUGGGCCUCAUUCCCCGCCCAAUCACUCAUGUUUUCAACAGCAAUGCCUGUAGGGGAGCCAUCAAGUUUGGGGAUGAACUGAGCAGAGAGCAGUGCCAGGACUUGAUUUCUUCCCUGUACUCCUGCCAACUGCCUUUCCAGUGUGCCCAUGGCCGCCCAUCAAUUGUUCCUCUGGUCAAUCUGACACACCUGACAUCUUCCACCCAUAAGGUGAGUAAACCAAACCUGAGAAGACUGAGAGAGGCUAUGGAAGCUGGUACUGUCCACUAAAGGGGUUGCAGUUCACCAAAAACUGGUAAGGGAUGACUGAGGGUGUUGAAGCAGCUACUCAGUCUUUGUGUGCAAAGUUACCAUUCUUUUUUAUUUUAUUCAUAAGCUCCUUUUAGCGAGUAAUAUUGGUUGAGUUGAUGAAUAAAUCUUCCCACUCCAAAUGGCUGUGACUGUUGAAUACUCAAAGAAAAAAUAAUGCACCUGCUUGGUUGCUGGUUGAUAACAGGAUGAAACUAUGUUUUAGCUGAAAAUGAAUAGAAUUUUUUUUGGAGGGAAGUCAUUCAUCAUUUACUGUGAUAUCUCUGUAUUUUUUUUAAUUUACCAGAUGAAACUAAUAUCUAGUCCAAAGUUUAAUUUAUUCAAUAACUACAAUAUUUUUUUUAACCAGGUGAAGUUCAUGAUCCUUUGUCUAUUUAAGUUUGGAGGGGUGUUUGUAGUUAACUUUAGAUUUACCUUCAUUUACUUGUGGUGGACUCAAAGGUUUAGUGCUUACACCUUUUUUUUUUACAGUAUUUACACUGUUCAUCACAAUAGUUUUUUCAAAGAUUUUGUUCAGUUUCAUCCAUGACACUUAUGUAUUAUAAAAUGUUAGUAAUGUGUUAUAUAGCAGCUGUACAAUUACAGAAAAUAUUGUACUAAUUACCUGUAUAGAAUGAUAAGUUUUUAAAAGCUUCUGUGGAUAUUUUUAUAUAUAAGAAUAUAUACUUAACUUAGCUUUAUGGAGAAAUGUUAGGAGUUCUUUCAUGAGGAGAACUGAGAACUAUCCCUAAGUGUUUAUUUUGUCACUUCCUUCAUCUUUUCUUCCCACAGCCACUGUUAUACUCUCUACCCUAACUGUAUAGCUUUUGUAAAAUCAGUGGUCUUACACAUAUACACUGUCAAAUUCAUCCAGUCACUUGAAGUAUCCUCUCAUUGUUUAAAACAACAUACUAUCAUCUGUAUAUAGACUUGCCAUCAAGGACUGCUCCAGAUCUCUCAUUUUCAUCCUUGCACUGAAAUCUCCUAAUCUGGCUUUCAUUUCUCAUACAAACUCUAUGUAAAAAUUGAAAGGCCAUGCUUUCAACUUGUACCCAUGUCAACACUAAAACUCACUCUUCCCAUUCACUUGCACAGAAGUACUCACAUCCUUGAAACAAUGUUGGGUCCCUGCAAGGAGAUGCACUCUCAUGCCAUAUAUUUUGAUAUAAAGGUAUUAAUCAACACAUACAGUGGGAUAAGCUAGAAUGAACAUAUUGAUUCCAGAACAUCAUUCCUUAUUGCAUUUGUUUGAUAUGGUGUAUAAUGAAAUACAUGUGUUAAUGGGUAAUCAGUUCCAGGCCUGCAGCCAAGACCAAAGUUACCCAAUAAGUAAAGAUAUCUCACUUCCUACCUUACUAACUACUUUUUUGUUAUUAUGUGUUUUCUACAAAACUUGAAACCUCUUGAAAGCCACAGGAAAUAGCAUAAGGUCAAAAUAAGUGAGAAAAUAUCAAUGAAAAGUGCAAACCCACAUAGCCUUGGGCAGUGAUUUAGCCAAAAAUGUCCCAAAGCUUACCACAGCUGAAAUCUAGAAGGAUUGCUCGUGCUCUUUCCUAAAAGGGAAUUUUGCCCCUCUUGACGCUCCUUAGGGUCACUAAAAGAUAGGUGAAUAUAUAUAUAUAUAUAUA